UGCUAACUCAACGCUUCAUAAAUCUCUUCUAAUUUGUAUACGAAAUAUUUAGGCAUUCAAUUCGGAUGUUGUCAGUUUUGAGGGAUUGAUAUGGAUCAAUGGAUCAUGGUGUUUUUCAAAGAUGCAUAUCUAGUCGUCGUCUUUGUCAUCAUCAUCAAAUCAAAGGUAAGUGGUCAAUCAGCUCUUGGGGUGAUCACAAGAUUUAAGUGUGACUUAAUCAACCCCUCACACCUGAGUAUUGCGUCAGGUUCUUCUGUUGUCGCCAUAGCACCACAUGAAUUGACAUUUCCGUGCUGGCUGACAUCGGGAAUCAUGUUGCCAAGAUCAAUAUGGGAAAACCUUUCAUGUAUGCGAUAUGGGACUAAAGUAUUUAAACACCAUUUUCUCGAUACAUCUUGUGAAUGGCUUCCUGCAUUGUCUUUAUUGAUGAAAUACCAGACGGAGAGAAGAGUUGCACGCCAGAUUGGGUAGUUUGUGUUGUGGUUUACCUGCUUGUUUAGCACCCUUAAUCAUGGUGUCCAAUCAUGUUUUAUACAUUUGUAUUAGUGCCCAAUUGAUAUUGAUCUAUCAUAUUUAAUAUUCUCUACGCUUCAUAAUUUGCUUAAUUGUUAAAAUAUUCUUUUACAAGAUGGAAUUGUGCAUAAAUCUAAUG